AUGACGUCUAUCCCUUUAGCAUUAAAAGAAAAAGUUGAAACCGAAAUUGAUCGUUUAAUUAAAAGCAAUAUUUUAGUUCUUAUCGACUAUAGUGAAUGGGCAACUCCAAUAGUACCAAUAUUGAAACCAGAUGGCACGGUUAGAAUUUGUGGUGAUUUUAAAAUAACAAUAAAUCCGGUAUUAGAAGGGACUGAAUACCCUCUUCCAAAAAUAGAACAUUUAUAUGCGAAUGUUAGUGGUUCAAGAUAUUUUUCGAAAAUAGACUUAAAAGACGCAUAUCAACAAAUGGUUAUUAAAGAAUCUGAUCGCAAAUAUACCACUAUUAAUACACAUAAAGGUUUAUUUAACUAUACCCGUAACCCUUUUGGAAUAAAAUCGUCGGCUGGGGAGUUCCAAAAAGCUAUGGAAACUUCCACAGCGGGUCUUGAGGGCAUUGGUAUAUUCCAAGAUGACAUUAUUGUUGCAGGUUCCACUAUCACAGAACACAACUCUCGUUUAGAAAAAUUACUAAAUGUAUUGUCAAAU